AAUGGGGGAUAAAUUUUUUAAUUAAAAUGACAAUCACUGAAACAGUUAAAAUAAUGGAGGAAAAUGAUUUUUGGGUUGUCCAACCAAAAUCAAUUUCAACGCGAAGCAUUGCAGGAGAAAGAAAUCAUAAUGUAAACGAUUCAGGAGAUUCAAUAGCAUCUGUGGUUGUGCCAAGACGCGCUUUACGGUUAACACGUAAUACACCUUAUGUCAUUGAACAAUAUCGCAAUGUAGAUGCUAAAGAUUUUUUCUUAUGUAUGUGUUCGCUUAUGUUGAUAGUAAGUGCCAUUAGCUUAGUUGGAGUAUCGAUAUGGACUUUGGUGAUACGUAUUCCAUAUUUUUACAUAUGUGAACAUUUCUCGUAUUUUGGUAUUGUUAGUUUUACAAUGUGUGCAGGGUUGUUAUGUUUUCCAAGUAGUUGGUUGGCAUGGGGUGCACAUGAACGCAAAUCCGGAUAUAUUCCAUUGCUUGUUGUUUUUCUUUGUGUUUCAAUUAUUAUGCUAGCUACAGGCACGGCUUUAGGCACGGUGCAUCGAUCAAGAAUAAAUUUUGAUUGGAUUGUUGAAAACAGCUCAUAUAAAUCAUUUGUUAUAAAAAAUUUAACGAUUUAUGAAGAAUCCAGACAUAUCAACAUACAUCCUCAUGUACAAGCAGGACCGUAUCGAUCAGCAUUAAAUAGCAGCAUGGUAAAUUCCUUAUUAUACUACGAACAACGUUCAACAAUAAAAUAUGGCUGGGACAUCAUUCAACAAAAAUACCGUUGCUGUGGCGUAAAUUCACCUAAUGACUGGUAUAAAGUGCGUAAAAAUAUACCAGAUUCAUGCUGUAAAAAAUUUCAUGUGUAUGAUGCAAGUAAUAAUCAAAGUGAAUUCUACAAUCAUAUUAAUUGUGAACUCGAUAACAUAUUUUUGGAUGGAUGUUUGGAUCCAGUUGCAUACGACUUAGCGCAUCAAAGUACAGUUCUCACAUCGAUGGGAUACAUUGUAUUAUUUUUGGAAUUACUUUCAUUACUUAUCAGUGCAUUGAUGUAUGUACGAAUGCGUAUGGCCCAACAGCGUCGAUUACCUCCAUUACAACCAUCUGCUUCAAACGCAAGCUAUUGCUUUUCUGUAACACCAAGGCAAUCUAGAUACGGAUCGUCAAUACCAAGUAACAUAAUACCACAUCCCCAAGUAUAUUAUCGUUACAUACAGCCACCUUCUAAUGUACAGCUGCAACAAUUACAGCAUCAACAAAUUCAGCAACAACCCCAGCAAUUACAUCAACAAGCUCAUACCCCAACAAUGUCUCCGACAAACAGUACAGAUAUUAAUUAUCAAACCAAAGGCAAUUUUGAAACUGAUGCAUGUACCAAACUAGUGUAACUUUGGAGAUUUUGGACUUGUAAUUUAUAUUUGGCUUAAAAAUAAAUUUACAUAAAGCCUAGAUUUCGUGAUUUUCUUUUAUUUACCUACAUCAAACAUA